GACUCUGUAUCGGAUAAACGACUUGGGGAGUUUUCAGCCCCGGGCGUACAGAGAUCAAAAGCCUUUUCCCGGGCCCUAAAAAGACUGAGAUUAAGGGAGAGAGAGAGAGGGUAGAGAGAGCUGAAGCUCCUCUCCCAUCAGAUAAUACCGCUGCCCCGGGCCGGGAUGCAAAAGAGAAACCGAGUCUCCAAAUCACAGGACGUGUGAAUAAACGCCAGGCAUUUAAAGUACGUAAACAUUCGGGAUAUCCGACACUGCAUACCGCUCAGGCCUGUUAAGGAAUCAGAAAGGAGGAGGGCGGCAUUUUAGACUCAUCAAUCUCAUCCUUGUGAGGAAGAAGGGCCUCAUGGGACACUAUGCAGGGUUAAAAUGGUUUUGCACGCUCAUGUGUUAUCACAACCUGGAGUUAUCAACCCCGGACGCAUACGGAUCGUGUGCAGUUGCGAUGGUAGACACGCACUCUGGUGUGGGCGUACAUUUUUUGCAUAUGGAUUGCAUCUGAAAAGCAACUUAUCAUGUGGAUAUCUGCACUUACAAUAUUCAUGUGACCUGGCAAACCGUGUUUUUCUGCUCACUUUUCGGCCAGUUUGGCUCUCUUCAAAGUGUGAGCAUAGAUCACCUCAGAGUGGAGAAUGAGCUCUCAUUUAGGGCACAAGACAUCAAGAGCUCUGUUUCAUGAUUUGUACUCGUAAUUACGGUCUUUUCUUAGACGGACUGUUCCAGAGGGAAAUCCAGACUCCAUUGAGAUUAUAGAAAGAAAGUCAUUUUUUUGUCUUGUAGUUUCUUAUUUUUCCCUCAUACAUUUUGUUUCACUGUAUACCUCCCAUCAAAACUAUUUUUUUUUCCUUUCUGUAGUCUGACGUCAUUCUCACAUGCACUCAUCUGAAAUGAUGCUUUGAAAGAUAUAAGAUUGGUCUCUGAGCGAGUAUUGUAUGAAUGCCUGAACUCAAAUUGCUGCUUCCUUUUGCUGCUGCUCUUUUUGGUGUAACACGGGGCUUACCAGAGAUUUGCACUAAAAGAGCAUUGCUGUCACUCGAUUUUCCUUUUAUUGACCAAAUCUUGUUACAUUCAAGCCAUAUGAACUUAUUUUUGAUGAAACUAGAGCUAUUUUUGUAUUACAGUAAAGUCAUAGAAAUAUCGCAUAUUAUGUGUAUAUGAAUUUAGUCUAUUUUUUAUGUAUCAACACAGACAUAUACAAAAAGACAUCUGCACUAUUUUACAUUAACGUUUGUUUUUGGAAAGAAAUGCACCUUGAUUUAUGUCGAGAACAUAAUCUAUUUCACUAAAUUUAUUGUUAUGGCCAUGGCUACACACCAUCCUCACUCAGGUGGGAGACGAGUUUUCUUCGCUCUCUGACGCCUCCCCCUGUUCCCUCGGUUUUUUGACAUCUCCAAAUGCCUGUGGGUCUUAGUGUGGGUGGGGCUCUCGGAGACCCUUCCCCAUUCCGCCCCAGUCGUUAUGUGCCUGUGUCCGCAGCAACCGCCUUCCUUGUGGGGGCCACAACACUGUUUCUCUGUUUUACGUGUCCCUGGCUGUCAGAGCGGUUCUCCUCAGAAAAGGCAUUUAUAAGAUUUCUAUUUCAUAUAAAUGCUAUUGUAUGUUUUGCAGCUGAAGAAGAUGAGGAUAAAGAGGAUGAUUUCCGGGCUCCACUUUAUAAGACGGUGGAGGUGAGGGGCAUUCAGGUGCGGAUGAAGUGGUGCUCCACAUGUCGCUUUUACAGACCACCGCGCUGUUCACAUUGCUCUGUGUGUGACAACUGUGUGGAGGAGUUUGACCAUCACUGCCCAUGGGUGAACAACUGCAUUGGGAGGCGUAAUUAUCGUUAUUUCUUUCUGUUCCUGCUCUCGCUCACUAUUCACAUUAUGAAUGUGUUUGGCUUCAGUCUGCUAUACAUCCUCCAUCACACUAAACAACUGGACCAGGUCCACUCUGCAGUCACUAUGGCGGUGAUGUGUGUAGCUGGCCUGUUUUUCGUCCCAGUUGCAGGACUCACUGGGUUCCAUGUUGUCCUUGUAUCCAGAGGGAGAACGACCAACGAACAGGUGACUGGGAAGUUCAGAGGCGGCGUUAACCCCUUCACACACGGGUGCUUGAAAAACAUUGCACACAUGCUGUGUAGUUCACAGGCUCCCAGGUAUCUUGGUCACUUGCGAAAGCCUCAUUCUGUUCAGGUCCAGCCACCAUUUCUGCGGCCACCUCUGUCUGAAGCCCAACUAGCAGCUAAAGUCCUGGAUAAUGGCAUCCAACAGUCUAAAAGUAGUUUGGAGAUAAUGGAGAGUCAGUCCACUGAUGCUGAUCCCCCUCCACCACCUAAACCAGAGCACAGAUACCCUGGGCUGCCUCACACACAAAAUGAAGAGUGCAGCUUGCUGACUGAGGCUCCACUCACACCUUCAUUGUAUAAAUACGGGCCGGCCUACAGCAGUCCAGGAAAAAAACACACGGCCUCAACACAUUCCAGCAAAAUGAGUCGAGGGAACAGUAUGACCGAGUCUCCCUCUGUCCCCGUCACCACUGGGCAGCCCAGCUACCGCUCAGACCCCAGUUUGUCAAGCCGAGGGGGUGCAGGGUUCCGUGGGGGAGGGGAGGGAGGUAGAGCAGGCUCGGGGGGCCUGGGUGGGGCCUCUGCGUUUGGUGGGCGAUCCUACCCUUCUUUUACCGACACCCUACUCCAAUCAGCAGCAGCCUCUUGCUCCUCAAGCCUUCGCUCCGCCCAUACGGCCCACAAUGCCCUCGGGCCCCUCAUCUCUGAGGGUACGACCUCCACUAGCUACAAGAGUUUAGCCAAUCAGACACGCAACGGCAGCUUGUCGUACGAAAGUCUGCUGACGCCCUCCGAAAGCCCAGAGUUUGAGUCUGCUGCUCACGAGCUGUCCCCACCCAGACCGCACCCUCUUAGCACAGCACCAGGGGCCCCGCCUAUUUUGGGGUACACGUCCCCUUUCCUAUCUGCUCAGCAGAGGGAGGGCUCUCUCCAGGCCUGCCCUGCCCCCCUAAGACCCUCCCCCAACAGAGCUUUCCUGCGCCCAACAAGCUCACCCCCUUCUCGGGCUCCACCCCUUUCUCCUCGCGCUCGCUCUUUGGGCUCCCCUCCUCCUGGCCCCGCCCCUGGCCAUACAUCUCUGGGCAAAUCACUGUCCUAUGGAGGUGGCGCCGAGUUACAGCACCGCCCCUCUAGCUCAGGGGGCGGGACUCCGAUGCCGAACUCAACUAUUAAACAAAACGCAGCCAAUCAUAACACCCACUCCCACAAACCUGCAGGAGGGGUGAAGAAAGUGACUGGUGUUGAAGGAACGACCUAUGAGAUUUCAGUAUGAAUGUCUGACACAAAAGAAUCCGGAUCCACUCUGCAGUUUUUCGCCUCGAUCAGAUGGAUGUAAAGCUGCUCAACCACACAUGCAAAAAAGCAUACAAGACUACAAAGAAAAAUCCUAAGUGUUUCCCAGUCCAACUUUAUCAGUCGCUGUGGAGGACAUACACUGAGAACAUGGGCCAGUGAAGACGAAUCUUACAGCAUUUUGUUUUCUGAAUAUCAAUAUGGUACAGAAAUACCACAGACUUUCUUUUUUAUUUAAAGAAUCAUUUGGUACAUCAAUGUAUUACCUACCGAUUUGUACGCAAGACUGUCCAAUGAUCAUAGUUGGGACCAUGUGAGACACACUGAUGCCUCAUUCAGAAUGACCUCAACAGAAACCACAAGCCUCUCAGCAGUCCGCCAAUAAGCAUACAUAAAUCACUGUUCAGUCUGGCAUAUUCUAUAGCGCUCAGUUUCAAACC